AUGGGGCCCGUUUUUCCGGGUUUUGGCCACUGCAGUGUGUGUAGGUGGGUGGGACCCGCCGAUCGAGGGUGGGACUCGGAGCCGCCCCAACCCUGCCUGAAGGCAGCCCCGGGCGCCCUUGGCUGCCCUGUCCCGAGUCAGGACGGUGUCUCCGGCCGCAUUCCUCCCGUUUUCUUUGUUCGGGGGCCGCAGUGCAGGAACUGACGGCCAGCUUCGGCGGGGAGCGCUCCUCCGGCCCACGGUGUAGACAGCGCUGCGCAGUGGCAGUGGCUUCCGCCGCCCGAGACGUGCAGCGGCCUGAGGCUCUGCGAGUCGCGUUACGGGCUUUUGAAAACUGGGGCUGUCAAGAGCAAGAACCCUGCAUCCCAGGGGCGCACAGCCCAGAGUCAUAAAGGAAGGCGGCUUCCAUCCUCCGGUCCGAGCGUCCCCGGCUCCUCUUACACGCACACAACACCUCUUCUUAGAGCGCACACUCCUCCAGUUCCUGGACUCGCUCCCUCCCGAAUCCGCUUCCCGGGACUCCAAUCGAGAGCCCCGCCCCCAGCCCCGCCUCCGCCCGACCCAGCAGAAAACCGGGCGCGGAAGUCGGGCGGGCGGCGGGCGGCGCACUGGGCAUGCUCGCCCGCGCGGGGAGGGCCGGGCUGCGCGCGGCGAGUAGGAAGCCCUCGCCCCACGGAGGCUGCAGGAGAGAGCGCGAUGGGCCUCGGCGGUGGGCGCCUGUUCCGCGGGGACUCAUGCCUCGCGUGGCCCGGCCCGACGCGCAAUUAGCAGCCGCCUCUGCAGCCCGCCGCCGCCGCCUCCCCGCCCUCCCGGGCUGCCGCGGCGAGGAACUCCAGCCGUCGCCUCGCUCAGCUGCCGGCAUUGUCCUCCCGUCCGCCGCCAGGACUGCCGCCGCCGCCGCGGACUGCUGCGGGGCCCGGGACCCGCGCCCCGCGCCCCAGGGACGCGCCGCCGCCUCAGGCCGGCCGGGAGCCGGUCCCCGCUGGCCGAUCUCUGCGCCCUGCGCCCCGCGCCCCGGGCCGCGCUCUCCUGGGUUUUUCCUGCGGAGCUGAGGAAGGGGAGAAGUCCAGCCGCCAAGCCCAGCCUUCGGAGGCGCGCAGCCCCGACGGGGCCGCGGCAGGCGUGGUGAGAGCGCCGACGGAGCCAUGAGAGAGUACAAAGUGGUGGUGCUGGGCUCGGGCGGCGUGGGCAAGUCCGCGCUCACCGUGCAGUUUGUGACCGGCUCCUUCAUCGAGAAGUACGACCCCACCAUCGAGGACUUCUACCGCAAGGAGAUCGAGGUGGACUCGUCGCCGUCGGUGCUGGAGAUCCUGGACACGGCGGGCACCGAGCAGUUCGCGUCCAUGCGGGACCUGUACAUCAAGAACGGCCAGGGCUUCAUCCUCGUCUACAGCCUGGUGAACCAGCAGAGCUUCCAGGACAUCAAGCCUAUGCGGGACCAGAUCAUCCGCGUGAAGCGGUACGAGCGCGUGCCCAUGAUCCUGGUGGGCAACAAGGUGGACCUGGAGGGCGAACGCGAGGUCUCUUACGGCGAGGGCAAGGCCCUGGCCGAGGAGUGGAGCUGCCCCUUUAUGGAGACAUCGGCCAAAAACAAAGCCUCGGUGGAUGAGCUCUUCGCCGAGAUCGUGCGGCAGAUGAACUACGCGGCUCAGCCCAACGGCGACGAGGGCUGCUGCUCGGCCUGCGUGAUCCUCUGAGGCGCCCGCGCCGCCGGGCGCCGGCCUCGCUCUGCGCACAAAAGCCAAACGCAUCCGACUCUCUAAAUGUGAUUUCUGUUCUUGCUUUGAGAUUGGAGACGACUUUGCAUUGGCCAGGGCGUCCCGGGAGCCCGGCUGGCUUCCGGGGCCCGCAUCCCCUGCCUUUGCCCCGUGUCCGAGGGGCGUCCCGUCCUGACCAUCCGAGACCCUGGUGGAAAUGUGGCUCUUUGCAGCAUGUACGUUCCUCAUUGAUUUUGAUUGACGCAUAUUUCCCCGUUUUAAGUAGCCGUUAGGGUGCUGUAUUGGCAGCUUGACACCCGGCAAGCAAAAGUUUCAGCCUGGAAAUAAAUGGGGGUGGGGCGGGGGAGGAAGUGGAGGGGAGACGGUGGAAGGGGAGAUCUUCUCUCUCUCUUUCUCCCCCUCCCUCGCUCCCUCUCUCUCUUUUGUUAACAACUGUUUUCUAGUUCCGAGUUUUAAAUACAUGGAAGGAAGUCCGGGCAACCCAUAUGAAGGAGCAGGAGGAGAGGAAGAAACGCUUGUUUUUUCCUUGUUUUCCAGGAGUAGCUGGAAAUUAAGAUCGGGUUCCUUUCCUGCCAGCUUGGAAGGGCUACCCCUCGUGACUGAUUGUGAUUCUGAGGAUGUCUAUGCAAAGUUGGAUUCUUGUUACAUUGUAUCCAAUCUGAAGUAUUGCACAUCUGAACUGGGACUGUUAACACUGAUGCCAAUACAGUGUGGGGUGCCAGAAAGUGUCUGCUGAUAUUUGUGGAAAAAAAAAAAUCUAUUUUGUUUACCUACUGUAUCAAAGGGGAGCCUUGGGAGAAUGGUAGUAUUUUUUUUUAUCAGCUGUGAAAAAAAAAAUGUUACAGAUCCUGCACAUUUUUGUGUGUACUAUUGUGUGUGUGUGUUUUAAGUUUAGCUUUUUUUUUUUUUUUUUUUCAAAUUUUGGUUGGCAGCAACAGAUUUUAAUGACUAGCUUUUAAAAAUAUAAUACAAAGACUUUGUAAAUGUGAUUCAGGGCCCCCAGCACCCCUGUGUCUGCAGAGUGCCUUCAAAACUCAGCUGUUCCAGCCGGUGCCAACCUGUGAACUUCCCACCAGUCCCAGAAUCUGCUCUUCCCCAAACCACUUACCAGUUUCCUUUCAGUAAUCUUCCUGAAGGAGCCAGGACAAUAGGGCCUGUUGUUCAGUGAAUUUCUUUAUUAUUUUCAGCCUUUAAAGUGUAAUGUCUAUGUCUGCAAUGGAUUAUUCCCUGCCCCCCCCCUUUUAUUUUUUUGCUUCAUUUUGUUCAAAUUUCAGGUAUUUAGCUCCCCUUACAUAUUAUUUUUGAAAUGUUUUGAUUAUCUGUUUUAGGGUGUUCCUUCUGAAGCAAAGAGCAAAAUUUCACUGUUAUGAUGUACCAAGCUCUAAUUGUAAUUUUUAAUUCCACUCGUUUAAUCAUUGUCUCUUCAUUUUAAGACUUUUAAUACAAAUGUCAUUUUUAAAGAAACAAACCCAAAAGUAUUGUUUGUGUUUCUGUGUUUCAUAUUCUGUGAUGUACAGUAUCAGUGAGAAUGCAGAAGACUGGCUGAGGUGGACAGGGGCAGGCAGGUGCAGGAAGCCCUCAAGAGUUGUCAGAUUGACAACAGAUGUGUUUCUGUGACGAGUUGGGUGUGACAUUCCUUCCAACUUCUUAAAUGUGGAGGAAGUCCUCGGGCCUAGGAAGCCCUGGCCAUGCCUUCUGACUGAAGGGUGAGGAGGCAUUUUGGUGCUGUUCUGAGA